CUAGGUAUCAAAUCGUCCUUUCAGCUACACAGGCUGAAGCCAUUCAACAGAUUGCAAGUAAUAUUACAGCAUUUGAAAAUGUCUAAGCAUACAGAUUCUACAGCUGAAGUAUUGUUGGAAAAGAGAGGAGGUGCAGGAAUAAUAACUUUGAAUAGACCCAAGGCUCUCAAUACACUAACAAUUUCUAUGAUCCGACAAAUUUAUCCACAAAUAAAGACCUGGGAGCAAGAUCCUGAAACUUUUCUGAUAAUUAUAAAGGGAACUGGAGGAAAAGCUUUUUGUGCUGGGGGUGACAUUAAAGUCAUCUCAGAUGCAGGAAAAGUUGGAGAUAGACUGAUACAAUAUUUCUUCAGAGAAGAAUAUACCCUGAACAAUGCCAUAGGCACUUGCAAGAAGCCAUACGUGGCACUUAUUGAUGGCAUUACAAUGGGAGGGGGAGUUGGCCUCUCAGUUCAUGGACAUUUCCGAGUUGCUACGGAAAAGACACUUUUUGCAAUGCCAGAAACAGCAAUAGGCCUUUUUCCCGAUGUAGGUGGAGGAUAUUUCUUGCCAAGACUUUCAGGAAAGAUUGGCUAUUACCUUGCACUAACAGGAUUUAGGCUAAAAGGAAGAGAUGUGCAAAAAGCAGGCAUCGCUACACAUUUUGUAGAAUCAGAAAAGCUAUCUGCCUUAGAGGAAGACUUGAUUGCACUUAAAUUUCCUUCAAUAGAAAGUAUUGCAGAAGUAUUGAACUCUUACCAUGAGAAGAGCAAAAUUGAUCAAGAAAAGGCGUUUGUACUUGAUGAACAUAUGGAGAAGAUUAACAGUAUUUUUUCAGCAAAUAGCAUGGAAGAAAUAGUUAAAAAAUUGAAGCAGGAUGGCUCUGCUUUUGCCAUGAAGCAGCUAGAGACUAUUAAUAAGAUGUCACCUACAUCCUUAAAGAUGACUCUCAGGCAGCUCAGAGAAGGAGCUUCCAUGAGUUUACAGGAUGUCCUGACGAUGGAGUACAGACUGAGCCAAGCCUGCAUGAGAGGCCAUGACUUCUAUGAAGGUGUUCGAGCAGUACUGACUGACAAAGACCAGUUCCCAAGAUGGAAGCCAGCUGCUUUAGAAGAAGUCAGUGAUGAAUUUGUGGAUGAUUGCUUUAAGCCACUGGGAAACAACGAUCUCAAGCUGUAAAGACCAAGCCUAUUGACACAUUAUACAGCUACUUAAUUUCAGGACGUACAAAUUGAUAGUAGUGUGAUAACAGUCUUUUUCUAGCCUAUCUGCAACGCGUAUGUCUAAUUUUUUGCAUUCAGGAGCAUUCUCUUGUUUAUGCUACCGUAAUGACAAAAUAACGAUGACUGCUUAGCAAGGGGAAAAGACUUCAAGGAAAAUUGUUAUUCUUACUGCUAGUACACCAUGGCUACCAUUUACUUUUUGCAAUUGACUCUUAGGUUAGAGCAGCAGCAUGGUUAAAGGGUGACCUAGUAGGCAGGAAGUCAAGAGUCCUUGGUAUUCUUGUUCCUGUCACCAAUCUGCUAAAUUGGGGUUGUGCCUCAGAUUCUUCUCUGUACAAUGAACAGGAAAUAUACUUCAGGCUGUAAAACAGUCAGAGCUACAAAAGAAAAUGCAAGACAUGCUAAAUUCAUGGUGUUCAGUAAUAUUUUAAAUAAAAGGUCAGACUGACACAUUAGUCUGACAGCAAGAAAUUGUUCUAUUGAUUUAAUGUUUGGUCUUGCUAUGUGAUGUAGGCAUCAUUUCAAAUGUCCUACCACCACCAGAGCCUUCAGUACAGUUCUACUUACAUGGAUUGGCUUGUAAAACCAAAUUUUUUUUUAAAUGCCAUUAAGUUUGAUUAAACUUUAGAAUGAGUUUUUCUUGAUCUCAAAAAUUGCUAGAGAGUUUUUCCUUGUCUCAUAGUGGUGAAGAAGUAACUGUCUCAGAACGCCCUCUGAACGCCUCGCAGCAUCCACUGCUGCUGUCAGUGAGUCUCUAAUGAUUUUAAGGUAGAGGUGAACCUAGCCCCUAGUACUGCACGUGGCUGGGGUUUAGCUGUACUGUCAGGUCUGGUUGCACUUUGUCUUUGUGUCCAUGAACAUCCUGAAUAGGAAGUUUCACUGUCUGCAGGGCGGAAAAAUUUGUGAAAAAGAGAGAACACAGCAAUGUGUACUGAUGAUACAGGGCAAAACAUGAUGACAAGGCAAAACAUGAAAUGUUUGCUGCUCCAUGGCUCCUCUAGUCCUUUUACGUAACAUACCCUAACAAAUGUAUGUGUUGGGUGAGAUUAAGUUGGGUACUUAAGCCAUUAAGUUGUUCUGCCAACUACAGCUCUUCUCUGUUUCUGUUUCCCAUUCAGGUUUUCCUAAGCUUUCUGCUUCUUAGCUGUACACUGGGUGGCAAAGAGAUAAUUUAGGCCAUUACAAAUACGGUAUCUUAUAUAUUACAAUAUAGUUGCAUAUAUAACAGUAUAUACAAAAAUCCCUCUUUCCUCUUCCUUCCCAAAUGAUAGGGAAAGUCAGCCAUUUAACAGUGAGUCUGUAAGAAAUGUAAACUUUCCUGAGUCUUUUUUUUUAAUAUUUAUGUUUUAGAUUCUUAAGCAAUGGCUAUUCUUAAUCUGUUUAGAAAAAUGCUGUUCAUUCCAUUAUCUUUGUGCAAACGGCGCACUAAUGUUCAGCUACUGCAUUUCACUGAAAAACCCAACAAUCCCCAGGGAAUGCCAGUAGCGCCGUCCCUGCUUGAAAAGGACCCACGCUAUUUUAGCAAGACUAUGCGUCUGAAUUAGCAGACUUUGAUGUGCGUGUGCAGUUGCUUCUGAAAUUUAUGUGGAGGGGCUUAUAUUCUGAGCUCAUGAUAACAAGACCCUGUCUGAUAUGUGAAUUGUUCGUCAAAUAAAAGUCUUACAAGCAGAUGGUCAGUUUAAUUUUAUUCAGUCCAAAAGAAAGUAUUUGCCACAAAAAUACUGUAAAAAUAUAUUGUAGUAUGUUUUAUUUGGGAAUACUGAUGUAGCUUCCUCCAGAAAUGUUAACGUUACAAAGUUGUGCUGCGGUUAAUGUCUUUUGAACCAUUAUUAGAAUAUCGAGUCAGUCACAGAGUACCCGCUCAGACUACACAUAGGAUGGUGCAUGGAGAAAGUAUAAAGCUAAUAUAUUUUUAAUCUCCUAAAGAGAAGUAAAUGAUUUGGUUAAGUAUGCUGGUCCCACACCGGAGUGCUUGUAUUACGCAAAAUCAAAUAAAAGAAUCCGUGGCAACUUA